ACCCUCCAGCGAUCGCAAUCUUGAAGGCAAGUCUUUGUGGUCCAGCCGUGUCUACCGUGACAGUGCCAGGAGUAUCAAUUUUAUUUCUGUCAGUGGUUGUACACACAAAGAACUCCGUAAUGACCCCUUUUGAUCACCUCCGUGGCGAGGUAUUACUCGGUCACCGCGAGGUAAAAGGAAGUACCACCCCCCGAGGUGACAACUACCGGGCCUCCGAGCCACGGUUCGAGUCGGCGGGCGUAAUUCCGACCCCAAGGAUUCCCACUCGGCCUUAACUAUCCUCAAGGCCAUCUUCCCUGGACCAUGACAUCUCGAAUGCGAGCCAUGAUUCUCGUUCAAACCAUCCGAUUGUCACUAGGUCCAGCAGCGAAGUAUAUUAACCGGUCACGGUACAAAGCAGUUCAAAAUGUGACCAAAAAACAACACCGCCCCCCGACCCAUUCUACGGUCGGACUUUCGCCCAUCGCGAUCAGCAAAGCCAUCCACCCCCCAAAACAUUCUUUGUCUGUCCCGAUGGUUUGUGCCCGCCAUCGAGAGCCUCAAACAGCUCAACCCAGCGCAGAUGAAAUGAGAGGAGAUGAGAAGAGAUGGGCGGCCGUGAUCGGAUUAGAUAAACGCCACCGAUGGGGCGGGUCCAACGGACGCCUGUCCGUGCGGACCAAGGGAUUGGCCCGGUUGGGAAUUCGAGGUCAUGGGCGAGGGGAAAUUUGGACGGGGGCUGGCCCAGUGCGCGGUGGGGGACAGAAAGUAGGUCGGUCCUUGUCGAUGGCUGUAGACUGAGUAGUUAUAGGCGCCUACACGAGUCGUGAUCUUACCUAGCCU